AUGGAGAGAAAAACUAAAAGUUGCCUCGGAAAAGAGCCGCUGCCUGGGGUGCGCCAGGGCAUUUCCGGAGCCGGUUCUGGAAGUGACACAAGCGAAAACGCCGGUGGUGGGUUGCUGAGGAAGCGGGCACCCAUCUCUCAAAAAGCCACAGCUUCCAUAAGUCAGCGAGCGCAAUACGAAGAGAGCCGAAACAGCCAAACGGCAACGUCACCUGAGAGUUCGCGCCCAAAUACGCGGGUUGCUACUACCAGGAACGUACUCUAUACGCGUAUUAGAUGGUCAAAAGAAUUGAAUUGUGACGUUAUGCGUACCUUCUAUUACAUAAAUCAGUGCAGAGACGACGCGCUCCCAGGCUGGAGAUAUAAACUCCACAAAGAAUUUCAGAAACUACAUCCAGAAAUUAAUCUAUCGGAGCAAAAUAUUGUAGACAGGAAAAACGUUAUUGUUAAAAAAGGAUAUCUGAAUGACAGUGAACUAGCAAACCUCCGCCGUGAAGCUGGAAACCUUCUUACAGAACAAGAUGUCAGCAUCGAGAUAAUUGGUCAAGAAGUACACCAGGAAGUCAACGAGCGAAGUCAAGACACCAGAAAGUCAACGAGCGCAGUCAAUGACGGAAGUCAAGACACUACAAAUGAAGAGCAGAACAUUAUAGGGAAUGAAGAAGCGUAUAACAAUUUUAUUAGCUUUCUCAGAUUAUACGAAAAUUUAGGUAUAUCGGAGCGUCCAAGACUCCUGCGAAUCUCCAAUAAGUUUAAAGCAGAAGUUAUCAUUAACAAAUUAAACCCAGUAUUGAAAAAACAUCUUGAAGCCGUUGAGAAUAUCGAGGAAAUACAAGACGCAAUUUAUGCUGCAGCAAUAACUGUUUUGGAUUUUAAUGGACAAAAGGUAAUUUCUCCUGAAGCUUCCCAGACGAAACACUCUCCUCCUGGGAAGCCAUCUUGGGCAAUACGCCUACAACAACAGAUAGACAAUUUCCGCGCAGAAGCAGAUAUCAUAGCAGAAUAUCUCAAUAACAACACCUCCCCGAAAGUUAAGGCCAAAAUUGAGAAGAUUAGACACCACCUCAAAAUUAGUCGCAACUCCCAAAGUAUGCGUAGAAAAUUAACGGAACACAGGGAUACAUUGAGACAAAAAAAUAAUAACUCGGACACCCAUUUUCAAGAGUACUGGGAAUCCAUAUGGGCUAGUAAUGAAGAUGCUGAUUUAACUGCACCGUGGCUGACAAAUGUUGAAAGAGCAACGCAAAACUUAACAGAUAUGCCACAAACAACUUUUACUGAUAUGGAUGUUAGUCAGGCUCUAAAGAAAGCAAAAAAUUGGAAGGCCCCUGGAUACGAUCAAAUCCAUAACUUCUGGCUCAAGAAAUUCACAGCUUCUCAUGAAUCACUUGCACGUUGCUUUACAAAAGCGCUUAAUGAUCCCACUACGCUACCAAGACACAUUUCUGAGGGUAUUACCUACCUUAUACAUAAAAAAGGAGAUCAGAACAAUCCACAUAACUAUAGACCCAUUACAUGCCUCUCGGUCUUCUACAAGCUACUAACAGCUAUGAUAAAUGAUAAAAUAUACCAGCAUUGUGAAAGCAACAACAUUUUCGCCUUCGAACAGAAAGGGUGUAUAAGAAAAGCAAUGGGGUGCAAAGAACAACUGUUGAUCGAUUCUGUAAUUAUGAAAAAAGCGCAGGCUCAAAAGCGUAAUCUACAUACUUGCUACAUUGACUACUCCAAAACCUUUGACUCCAUACCACAUAACUGGCUCCUCAAAAUACUUGACAUCUACAAAAUUUCCGACAAUGUAAAAGCAAUGCUUACAUAUAUAAUGAAAUUAUGGAGAAUCACGCUCAAACUUAAUAACAAAAACAUUAGGAAAGGUGACAUCAGGUGUGGAAUAUAUCAAGGAGAUUCGCUCAGUCCUAUGUGGUUUUGUCUGGCAUUGAACCCUCUGUCCCAACUACUUAACAACACUAAUGCUUGUUUCAGGAUAAAGAUGAGAGACCGAACUGGAUAUAGUCACUUGCCCUACGUGGAUGACCUUAAACUAUACGCCGAGUCUAAACAACAGCUUGAGUCUCUACUAACAGUGACACAACAAUUUAGUGACGAUAUAAAGAUGAAUUUUGGUCUAGAUAAAUGUGCUACAAUAGAAAUAAAGAAAGGACACGUGGUGAAGACCGAGGAAAAUUUUAUGAAUAUACCUUGUCUCGAACCUGACGAUACCUACAAAUACCUUGGCAUACAACAAAAUCUUGGAAUCCCCCAUACAAAUCUUAAGAAAGAGGCCAUGGAAAAGUAUAAAAGCCGUCCCACUAAAUUGCUAAACACAAAAUUAAACUCCAAGAACCUGACAAGGGCCAUUAAUUGCUGGGCAAUUCCAACACUCUCAUACUCCUUCGGAAUUCUAAAAUGGUCUGACACCGAUCUAGACGAACUAGAUAAAACAACACGAAGAACGCUUACAAAAUUCCGCUGCUUACAUCCCAAUUCAUCCAUCCAACGACUGUACAUGCCACGCAGCGAGGGUGGACGUGGACUGCUCAACAUUAAAUCUCUUUGCAAAUCACAAGAACGUAAAAUGAGAGAAUACUUUUUACAACACACUCACCCAAAUAUCCAAACAGUAGUCGAACAUGACCAAGCAUAUACACCUCUCAAUCUAGCUUCCCCACAACUUGAGUUUCAAAUAGAAUCACAUUCAAGUCGAAUAAAUAAUUGGGAAGAGAAGAUAUUACAUGGAAAAUAUCCUUUACAACUAGCUGCUGCUCACAUUGAUAAGACAACAUCAAUCUCUUUCUUAAAGUAUGGUAAUCUACACCCUGAGACAGAAGGUUUCAUGCUGGCAAUCCAAGACAGGAUCAUGAGAACUAGAAAUUAUGAAAAGCACAUCCUGAAGACGGACACCAUUGAUGUAUGUCGAAAAUGUGCUAAACCGGGUGAAACCAUCGAACAUAUUACUGGUGCGUGCUCCGCCCUUGCAGACACCGAUUACCUCUGUCGACAUAACCAAGUGGCUAAGAUUAUACAUUCGCGCUUAGCAUUAAGGUGCAAACUAAUAAAAUCGUCGCUGCCAUAUUAUAAAUAUACACCUGAUGCAGUUUUGGAAUCCGACCAACAUCUAUUAUACUGGGACCGACCAAUCAUAACUGAUAAAACUGUGGAUUACAACCGUCCGGACAUCUUGCUUAUCAAUAAAUCUGAAAAAGUAGCAUGGAUUAUUGACAUCGGAAUCCCACUCACGCACAAUAUAUUCAAAACAGAACAAGAGAAAUGUAGAAAGUAUACUAACCUAGCUAUAGAGGUAAAACGCAUUUGGAACCUAAAUAAAGUCAGUAUUGUGCCCCUCAUAAUCUCCACCGAAGGAGUUUGUACCACCAAUCUUUCACCUAACUUGGCUAAAUUGGAACUACAAAAAGGCUUACGUUAUCCCAUGCAAAAGGCCGUAAUUUUACAAACCUGCCAUCUAGUUCGUAAGUUCCUAUCAAUAUAG